AUGUUCUGUCCUGUCUUUUUUUCAUCAUGUUACCUUCCUGGCCCCCUUUCCUCCCCCUGUGUAACACAUACCUGGUCCCCCUCGCUCCCUGAAUCCUGUCUCUGCUCCCUCGGUGUCCCUGUUUGCUCCUUCUUGUCCUAUCUGGCUCUCUCAGGUUCAGGCCCAAUAAGUCGGUCCCAGCCUACGAUCAGGGCUCGGCCUGCACCAGAGCAUCAGCUGGUCGUGAAGGGUGAGGAGGGCCGAGAGCUGCGUGUGGUGGUGAACACCAACGACCCGGACUACGAGCACAUCUACUCCAUCGAGGCCUACGAUGACCCCUUGGAUGAGCUGCUUUACUUCACUCCCACUGCCAACCAGAGCGAUGGUGAGGUUGUCAAGGAUGAAACUGUCAAAACAGUCAAAGCUGAACCAAGCAAAUCAGCCACAGCUGUCGUUAAGAAAGCAGCAACAGCUGAUGGUCAGAGAGCAGCCAAAGUUAAAGCACCUCUGAGAGCAGUCAAGCCCAAAACAGUCAGGUCCAAGAGGAGAGUCAAAGGGGAAGCUCCGGCAGACCUGUGCUUGCUGCCCAUGGAGGAGGGGAGCUGUGGACGAUACACUCUGCGCUGGUACUUUAACAGUCAGGUUCAGGCCUGCAGGCCCUUCAUCUACAGCGGCUGCGAAGGAAACGACAACCGCUUCCUCCACCUGGAGGAGUGUGAGGAGCUCUGCCUUGGGGAGGUCAAAGGUUCUCGUCCCUUGAAGACAGCACGAUGAUUGAGGACAAAUCCUCCUCAGCCACUGGAAUGUUAGCCUUUAUAUAACUUUAUAGGUCAUUAUUUUGUCAAAUGUUGAUGGUCAAGAUUUGUUUUUGUUUAUUUAUUGUUUCUGUAAACCCAACCAAACUUUACCCCAGGUUGAGAGGGGAUCCCAGAGUGCCUCCUUGCUUAAUGUUCUCCAAAUAAAAGACAAAAUAGAGUUAUUAGGUUAAAAAAACACUUUUCUUUUUUGUGUAGCAGAGGAAUUGCACACUGAGAAGAGUUUCUUUGCUUUCACCCUGAUUCUCUCAGUUUAACUGUACCACAGUAUUGUAGUAAAGUACAUUCAGUACCUUUAUCCAUGUCAUGUUGCACACAGAUAAUAAAACCUAGAUCUACAUACAGAAAGGAAGUGAAAAAAUAACUUGACUCUCCUCACAGUGUAAUCCAGUAUUUCUUAGGUAAAUACCAAUACGGUGAAGCUCAUAAUGUGUCUUCAACUCAGUGUUCAUUUUCGAGGCUGUAGUUUGUAGUGUUCAGUCAUUAUAUGCGUCAACAUGGAGCCUGUUACUCCACCUAAUAUUGGGGGGAAAAAAACGGACAUGAAUUUCUUUCUGUUAGGCAGUGACGGUUGAGAAUUUUCUGAUGAAACAAUACAGCUGUUUUACAAAUCCACAACAGUAACAAAGCACUUGGCGCAGAUUCACUUUAUUUUGCAGUCGUUAAACCUUGUCCUUGAUCUGACUGAUUACAUUAAGAAGGAAAAAGGUCUACACGUGACCUGCAUUCCCCUUUGCUAAUGAGGUUUCUCAUGAUUGGUUUAUGUCCUAAUUACCUGAGUCUGACUCACCGUCGAUGCAGGCUGCAACCAUCUAAUCCUGUUUUCUAACUCUGUGCUUCAAAUUGCCUUUUAAAAAAAUCACAAAUAAAAAUGGCGAUUGUCAGUAGGGAAAGAAAUUGAGAACCAGUUCCAGGUGACUAAACUAGAAUUGACUUGACACUUCUGUACUCUUGUUUCAAUUCUGUGGCCUGUGCUGCAGAACUUUCAACCUCUGUAGCACCAGUGCUGUGUGCAAAACAAGUUAAGGUACUGCCCUGUGCAGCUUGUAAUGUCUGUAAAACGAUGCAUUUGAUGCAACGUGGACUUGACACACGAGUGCCACUGCUUGCCAACUGAGCCGCAUGUCCUGUCAAUAUCCUAUGUUAUGAUAACACGAGCAGCUUUGCCUCACACCUCUUCCUAAGCGUAAUAGACUCCCGGAAUGUUGUUGACGUACAUAUGUCUAGAUACUUCUUUGCGCUCCAUCCGCCAGAGUCGCUCUCUGUAUAUCAGGAAGAAGUUGUGGGAGGUUGCUCCUGGCCUUAUCUGGACAUGUUAAAAUAUUAACAGAUCAGUUUUGGGGAAAGGGGUGAGCAGGCAUGUGCUUGGCUGGGGGCCCUGGAGCUCUGGGAAGGUUUGCUGGAAUGAUCAUCUGAGCUCUUGGAACAAACUAAAUGUUCUGUCCAGACAGGUUGGAGCCCGAAAACAGACUGACCCAAAACAGGCCAGAAAACCAAGACUAAAAUGAAAGCCAUACAAAUAUUCUGUUGAUCUACACUGUUCAGACUCAAGAGAAGAUAAUUAAACAGUUGUUUCCAUAUAGAAAAUUGAUCAGGAAUCAAUGAGGAAUCAAUAAAGAAUCUGAUAAGAUAAGCAGAAUCGAUAUUUGAACUGCUAUCCAUAAAAUCUGAUCAGCUCUCAGCUCCAUUUAAGCUGACACAUACUGCUGAUUGGCAUUCUACUUACUAUGACUCGCUUGUGCGGCUGCCUUUGUUAUCAUGAUUUGCGGUAGGUGUCAAAGAGAGAAAUAUAAAAAUCAUGACAACCAAAAAUAUGAAAGCUUCAUCAGCAAAGAGGAACACAAGCACAACCUCAGCAACACUGAAUGAAAUACACACAACAGUGCAUUUUGUUAACGCACAGUCCAAACUACAGCCUUUAUGACCUUCACUGUACUGGUAGUUACUGCAAGGAUGUUGAGAUAUAAGGUGUUUUUAUUAUUUUUGCUCACUCCUCAGAUGUAAAGACUGUUUUACUGUCUACUUAGUAAAGUAGUGAAGUGGGCAGAGUUGUGAGUUCUGGAAGUAUUUUCUCCUUUGUACAUGAAAAUGAGCAUUUGAAAAUUUUCUUCUAAUGAUAAUCUUACUGUAAUGUUCGUCAACAAGUUAGCACAGGAGCAGGGUUGGGGAGUAAACAGAAAAAAUAAGUAACUGUAAUCAGCCCAGGUUAAACUUGAAAAGAUGCGUAGUUAGAUUAUAGUUACAUUGUCAAGAAACACUUUAACAUUUUUGAUUAUGCCUUAUGGCAGCCUCUAUGGCAGUUUUAGAAUUAUGAGACUUUCUUUAUGAUAACCAGUGCUCUGUUAAUUGAUUAAUUAACAGCAUGUCCCACAUAAAGAGUUAAGUACACCUAUAGUCUGUGCCAGUUGUGUUUUUGUAAGGGUUAUUUGAUUUGAUCAAAUGUAAAUGCUAAAUAUGCAAAAUGCUUUUUCUUUCCAUUGAAAACGUUUUGAGAGAAAAGACUAUUUGAUAUUUGUGAAACUCAAGUUUUUGUGGCUCUGGUUUUUAGUAUAAGGUGCAGUAUUUUCAAUACUUGAUUGUAAAGUAAUCCAAAAGUAUUCAGAUUAGAUUCCAUUUCAUUUGUAAUCCAAUGGAUUACAUUACUAAAUUUAAAAAAAAAAUGCCAUGUAAUUUGUCUUCAGUAACUGGCUACAUGUCAAAGUAAUACAACCAAACCCUGCAAAGUAGUCGCCUGGUUGAAGUAACUUCUAAUUUAUUAUUUCAGCUUUGUUUCUGAGAAAUGGUGUCUUUUCGGUCAGUUUGGUUCACAGAUGGCUCUAAAUACUGUAGUAUUAAGAAGCAGACGAAAACCAGAGACUAGGGCUCCGUAUGUAAUCAGAAUAAUAUCAAAAUCGCAAUAAUCAAUAAUAAUAAUGGCCAAGUGCAAUAUACAAAUUGCAGGAACUACAAUUUUUUGAUAAAGGGGAACAUGAUUGUUUGGCACAGACCUCAGCAAAAAUCACAUCAUCAUCAUUUUUAUAUUUUUUCAGUGGAAAUAAAAUGCAGAAAUUACCAUUCCCACUAAAAUCAAGACUUGUAUAACAAUCUGUCAAAAUACUCACGAUGCAAUUUAUUUCAUGCCUCCAUACCGGCGCUGGCUGUGUUGUCAGUCAAUACAUAUGUCCAUCCAUCCGUAUGUCCUACCGUCCAUACGUCCAUCCCAUUCUCUUGAAUGCUGUAUCUCAAGAACAGCUUGGCACAAACGCUGCUUGAACUGAUUAAAUUACAGUGGUUGAAUGUCAAGGUUGCCGUGACCUUGCAUCCAUCUUAUUCUUGGGAACCCCUAACCCUAACCCUAACCAUCUCAACAACACCUACAAGGAAUUUCUUCAAAUUUGGCACAAAUGUCUGCUUGGUCUCAAGAAUAAGCUGAAAAGGUCAAGGUCACUGUGACCUCACACAUUUUUGGCCAUAACUCAGGAAUUACUUCAUUAAUACUGACAAAGAUUUGCAUAAAUGUCUAAUAGGAUAAAAUGAUAAAGUGAUGACAUUUGAUAUCCAAAAAGUCAAAAGGUCAGCGUCACUGUGACAUCAUAAUGUUCUAUGAAAACACUUGUCUGGCCAUGACUCAACGUCUCAACUUGGAAACAGAAGGGGCACAUUUGGUCAGAAGCUGAAAUGGUGACACUAAUCUCAGGUAUUCACCUUGAAACCGUGCUGAUUAUGUAGAUGUUCAGUGCUGCCAGAGGGAAGACGUGUGUGAAGCAUCCAUGUUUUUGUAAUUGGUUCAUGGAGGCUUACAGUCACUAGGCAGUAAUUCUAAUUUUGCAUAUCGUGCAGCCCUUUCAGAGACACAAAUCAGAGCUUUAAAAAAGAACAAACACUUCACCAUGAGUGCUGAAUUCAUGCAAAGUUGUGAGUUCUCGAUUUCAACAUGGCAUAAACUUUACUUUUAACCCUUUUCUAAUCAAAAUAACAGCAACAUUUCAUGGCAGCUAAUUCAGGAAGCAUGGAAAUCUAGACCAAAAGCAGAAAAAGCAACUUAAAUAAUACUUACUUAUAAUAAUAGUAUACAACUGGUUUCAGCCCUUAACAAUGCUCUGUGAUACAUUGUCUUUACUGUGGUGCUCAUGAGGAGUUAAAGCUGACGUCUCUCCUAAAGUUUUUAUGUACACGGUCUUGUAUGUAAGAAGCAGAUUUUUUUUGACUUGGUUAAAAUGAAUGAAUUUUACCAGGAGAUUUUUAUCCCCAUCAAAGCCUUGAAAGUGCUCUAACUGCAUCAAAUAUACUGUCUAUGCAGAAAAUGACCAGGACUUUUACUUUCAGAAUUCCUGUCAUCUGUCCACACGAUAACUAUGCAAGCACGUCUAUAUUGGGUUAUUAUCAUGGAUAUAGUUUUGUCAUUUGUAUUAAAUAUGAAGAAUCAAGCACAAUAUUCUGCCAAUUAUUUGUACAUAAUGUUUUUAUUGUUUGGGGGACGUUGUGUUUCUGAUCACGACUGCAUGUUUACCUGCCAGAGAAAAAGUGCUAUUUUUAAAGGUAUUUUUAUACUGUGUAUUGAAGAUGGAAACCUAUGUGUCUUUGGUGCUAACCAUUAUGUUUCUGUAGUAUUAUGGUACAUUUUAAAAGGCAUUUCUAAUAAACCAAAUGUUCGAGUAAAAACAAGAGUGGUGUAUUCUCUGAUUUUAGCUGGUAAUCAUUUACAGCUUUUAGCUUUGAAUGUAAACAGUGUGCAAUGUUUGCGCAUAGAAACGCGGCUUUUGAACCUGUGACCUUCUUUUGAGCAGACAGUGUGUUUGCCAACUAGAA